AUGAUUUACGAGACACCCAGUCACCCCAAGCCCCGCGUCUGGGCAGACAGCGACCAACCUGGCUUUUGGGCAAAGUUUGCCAUGGACUCCGCAUGGACCGGCCCCAGGAAAAGUGCUUUGCUUUACAAACUUCGCCGAAUGAAGCUUUCUCGCGAGCCGAGCUUGCGUGAUCACACAGAUGGGAUGUUGUUCCUCGACAUGGUCAACGAGAAAACGGACAACCUUGAGGCACUUCUGGCACAAUCGAUUGGUCAAAAUCUCGGGAACCUGGGCUGCUGUGACCGCUGUUUAAACCACAAGGGCAUCUUCUCAUCUUGUGUCACUGUCGCCAGUCUUAAAGACAUCAUGCCCGAAUGUGCCAAUUGCCAUUUGAAGGGAGAGCGAGAGGAAUGCAAUUUUGUUGACGGUCUUGAAUAUCUCACGGAAGAUCCCGAUACCCGUCCUUUGCAACGCGAGAACGAAACCCAUCGAGAACAGCCCGAGUCAGUCGAGGUGAUAGAUCGCCUGAUAGAGGAAGAAUACCACUUUAUUGAUGAGAUUAUGGACUCGUCUGCCGACUCGUCCGCCGAGUACUCACGGCGCUUGACCGGGCACUCCCAGCACAUCUCACAGCUCAAGACGCGGAGACUUUCCCUACUGGCAGCGGAGAAACGAGCCCAGCGAAUGAAUUGA